GGUCGGUCCAGGAGACGGUAAUACCUCCGGCUUUGAAAAAAGCCCGCUCUGGCUCCAGAGGGGGCGCACGUGCAGGGGAAACUGAGGCAGGCGGGUGCCCGAUCGCAGCCCCGCAGAGGUGAGCGCCCAGCGCGGCCGCACCUGCCGCUGCCGGCCGGACUUUGCAUCUCCAGACACAUUUGUGUGUGUGUCUUCUCCCUGUGUUCCUGAGGGUAGAGCAGAAAGAUCCUGUUCCCUGGGCCGGGCACACCAUGGCUCUGACCCCCAAGGGCUAUGCUACCCACAGCCUUCAGGCUGAGGAGAAAUUAAACAGCAAGAGAAAGGAGAAGGCCUGGCUGCCGGUCAUUGGGAUGAAGCUGGAAAUCAGCACCCCUUUCCUGGGUGUGCACCGCCCCUUCGUGGGACGCUGCUGCCAGAUCUGCACCCCUAGGAGCUGGGAAUCCCUUUUCCACAAGCAUCUUCUCUCCUUGGGCUUCCACAAUGCCAUCCGGGUGACGGAGGAGGACACCAGGUACAGGGGCUGGCUGGUUCGAAGGCUCUGCCACUUCCUGGCAAUAUCCAACUGGAAAAUUCCUUCUAGCUCCCCUGGAGACUUCGAGAAGAAAAUCUGCCACAGCAAGAGGGUGCAGGAUGUCAUGUUGCAGCGGGUCCCCCAGGCAAGAGGGGACAGCCCCAUUCUCAGCCAGUCCCCAUCAGGCUGGAGGAGUGAGGUUCUUCAGGUCCUGAGUCAAGUUCAGGCUCCAAUCUCCCUGUUUCUGGUGAGGCUGUGCAGCUGGGCUCUGCUCAAAGUCCUGACCCGCUUGUUCCACAAUGUGCUGCUCCAUAAAGGGCAGGUAGAGAUGGUGCGCAAAGCAGCCCAAGUGCCUGAUGUCCCCCUGGUUUUUCUCUCGACUCACAAGUCCUGCCUGGAUGGGCUGCUGCUUCCCUUCCUCCUGUUCUCUCAAGGCCUCGGGGUGCCCAGAGUGACCUGGGAGUACCAAGCCUUUACUCCUCCCCUCAGGGCUCUGCUGAGCCAGCUGGGAGGGAUUUUCCUGCCACUGGAAGCGGAGCAUGUGGCAGACCGCAACCAGGGAGCACUCUCCAGGGCUGUCCUUACCUCAUACGCUGAGGAGCUGCUGAAGAGCCGACAGCACCUGCUGAUCUUCCUAGAGAAGCCCUUUUCCAGUGCCCCCCACCUCUCUGCCCCUGGCUGGGACUGGCUGGCACUGGUGCUGGGUGCUUUCCAGGCUGGAGCUGUUCCUGAUGUCCUGUUGGUGCCUGUAGGCAUCUCCUAUGACAUGGCCCCUGAUGUGUGUUUUGGGAGCCAAGUGAGCUCAGCCCGACCUCUCAGCUUCUGGUCUUGUCUCCUGCCCAUCUGCCGAGCCCUGGGCCAAGGAUUUGGCUGCGUCCGAGUGGAUUUUGCCCAGCCAUUCUCCUUGCAGGAGUAUGUCGCAAACAACUGCUUCAGACAGAGCUGCACCAGGAAGUCCCUGGAGGAGCUGCUGCUGCCCGUGGUCUUUGGCAAGCGCACCAGCCUGAUGGACUGUGAGAAGUCAGAGGAGGGGCUCCUGGGCCUCAGAGCUGCUGUGGCACUGAAAGCAGAAGAACGGAUCCUGGUGGGCAGGCUUGGCCUACACUCCCUGACUGCUGGCGUGUCCUGCUCUGCUGUUACGGCUGUGGGGAUUACGUCUGCCCUCCUGCUACACAAGCACCGCGAGGGCGUCUUCCUCUCCCGUCUCAUGUCAGACUUUGCAUGGCUGACGGAGGAGAUAUUGUUGCGCCAGAGAGAUGUGGCCUUCUCGGGGCAGCUCUGGGCUCUGGUGCUGCAUAGCUUGACUCUUCUCCGGGGCUGCGUCUCCCUGCACCAGCUCUCCCUAGGUGAUGUCUUGGUGGCACCCCAGGCCACGGAGCCAGUCAUGAGACAGCUGAGCCUGCAUGGUGCUGCCCUCCUGCCCAUCUUCAUGGCUGAGGCUGUUGGGGCCUGCGCCAUCAAUGCCCUCCUUGUGGAGAUGCUGCCUUUCUUGGGGCCCACUGCCCUGCCAGCCGACAUCAUCCUGAGUCAACAGGAGCUGCAAGAGAAGACUCUGGUGCUGGUCCAGCUUCUGCCCUGGGACUUCCUCCUGCUCCAGCCCUGCCAGUCGGCCUUUUGCUACUGCCAGGAUGUCCUGGACAAGCUGAUCCAGUGCGGGCUGCUGGUGGCCGAGGAGGCAUCUAGCGAGCGUCCAGCCUGUGACACCUCCCGCCGACGUUUCUCUGGGGAGCUGAUGUGGAAGGAGACGGGCGAGUUCAGUGAUAGCAGCGACUACGAUGAGGACAGUGGCAAGCGCUGCUUCAAGAUAAGCCAGCUGGACAACUGCUUCGACUUCUUCCUCUUCCUCUGUAGCCUCCUGAGCCCUGUGCUAAGGACCUACGAGAGAGCUGCUGCCUUCCUUGCUGAGUCUUGCUGCCCCCAGCCAGAGCCAGCGUACACGGAGAAGCUGCAAGAGUUCCUGCUGAGGAAGGCAAGGGAAGACGGCUCCUUUGAGUGUGUGAACAGGAGCAUGGCUGUGAGCUCUGUCCGGACCUUCAAGGAGCUAGGGGUGCUGCAGGAGCUGCCGACCCCAGCAGGGCCCAAGCUCUACCUCUCAGAAUCUUUCUCCCUCAGAGAGAACCAGGAGAGCCUGAAGAAGUUCAUCCAGCAGUUUAUAUGUUGCUAGGGCCAUGGCAGGAGGGCUGUCUCGGGCCUUGAGAAGUCAUAUCCCAUCCCAGAUCCCAUUGUGCCUCCCUCACCCAAUGGAAGCCAGACUGCCACAUUGCAAAGUUUGAAUAUUUGUCCUGUCUGCUUGAGGAAAUGCCCCUGUGAUGUGGUGGCUGGUGGCCAGCCCAGCCAUGAUGGGGUUAUGAGGGAGGGCACCAAUUGGAGCAGAGGGAAAUCCUGGCAUUUGGCUGAAAUACUCGUGUCUAAUUUGAGAGGGGGAUAGAUCUGCUGACUGUACCUGGGUUGUGGGUUUGCUGAUAGCCUGUGGGGUCUUCCCCUGGAUGUUGAGGUUGGGGGCUGGAGGGUGGGCUUACCACUUCCAAAGUCUCUGGGCAUCUCCCUGGUGUCUUUUCCCCACCACGGCUGGAAAACACAGGUGAGGUCACAGAGCGCUUGGCAAAUGGUUUCAGCCUAGAUGCAACAGGUGGGAGGGUCAUGUUGCUGUGUCACAAGGACUGAUGUUGUUUCAAGCCUAGUUAAAAUAGUGUCACUGAAAAAGGAGCUAAUUAAAAGCCAAAGAGUCAGAUCUGG